AUGGCAAACUACCCCACCCCUCCGCCGACGAGCUCUCCCAAAGAACACAUCCACAACAAUAACUGCAACCACGAUAUCCACCCCAGGACCUACCACUCCUACUCACCUCCUACUUUCCCUCCGUCCGCUCAGGAAUCCUACUACUACGCUGCUCCUCCCCAAUCAACACGAAUAAACAAUAACCAGAACCCCAGACCAUACGACAACCAGAAACCUGCCUCAUACAACUCCAACAACCCUACCGCCCGUCCGCAGAGACGCCGCACGCCUCCCCCAAGACCCAUAUACUUCUCGCCCACAAACAAGCCCCCUUCUCCUUAUAGCACAGCGAGACCCAGACCCAGACCAGGGUUUGUCAAAAGGAUAACAGCUAAGAUUGAAGAGUGGGUGAGGAGCUUCAUUAGAUGGGCAAAGGAGCAUCCCGUAAAAGCUGGACUUGCGGCCUUUGUGCCCCUGGUUGCGGCCGCCGGGUUUGCGAAGGCUGUACAUGGGAUUAUAGCGCUGGGGGGUGAGUUGUUAGGUAGAGAAACGGACGAGCAUGAGGGUGGGAAGGAGGGGGGUGACGAGGAGGGAAAGAAGAAGGAGAAGCCAAAGAAGGUUUAUGGGUGGGGCUUGGAUCACUUUGUCGGGUUCGGGGGAAGUAAGGGAGGACCGAUGGAGGGGAUGUUGAAGAUUUUGCAGAUGUUGGUUGUGUUUUCAACUACGUUUGCUGACUUGAUUGAUGUACAGGAAUCACUAUUGCAAGCUCUCCCCGAGCAUGGUACCGAGAUUGGGAAGUAUUUUGCUUGA